GAAUCUCUGUGCGCACAUCGACACCUCCCCCAUACAAUAACUUCCCUUUCUUCUUUUUAUUCUUCUCCGCACAUAUUACCCAGAGAAUUUUUUUGAGAUAGGAUAUCCCGUGAAAGUCAGACAACAUGGCAGCCAAUCCAGAAAUUAAACUCGAUCCUAAAUACGAUCAUUAUGAUUUCCCUACCACGUCGCCCACGGCUCAGAGUGGUCACCCGGGACAUACAACACCAGAACAGGAUGCGCAGGUGCAGCAGUUGAGGAUGAAGUUGGAGGCGGCGGGGUUUACGGAGAGAUUGGAUACGCUUACUUUGCUUCGAUUCUUACGAGCACGUAAGUUCGAUGUCACAUUGGCUGAGAAGAUGUUCGUAGAUGCAGAGCAGUGGAGAAAAGAUUUCGGUCUUGAUGAACUCGUCCGUACUUUUGAUUAUCAGGAGAAGGAGGAGGUUUUCAAGUACUAUCCUCAAUAUUAUCAUAAGACUGAUAAGGAUGGCCGUCCAGUCUACAUUGAACAAAUGGGCAACAUUGACCUCAACGCCAUGUACAAAAUCACCACUUCCGAGCGUAUGCUUCAGAACCUCGCUGUCGAGUACGAGAAGAUGGCAGAUCCCCGUCUCCCAGCCUGUUCUCGCAAAGCUGGUUCUCUCCUCGAAACCUGCUGCACCAUUAUGGAUCUCAAGGGCGUUGGACUCUCCAAGGUCCCUUCUGUUUACGCAUACGUCAAACAAGCCUCUGGCAUGUCCCAAAACUAUUAUCCAGAGCGUCUUGGAAAAUUGUAUUUGAUCAAUGCACCAUGGGGUUUCUCUACCGUUUUUGGUGUUGUUAAGGGUUGGUUGGAUCCUAUUACCGUUGAGAAGAUUCAUGUUUUGGGAUCGGGUUAUCAAAAGGAAUUAUUGGCGCAAGUUCCUAAGGAGAACUUACCGAAGGUUUUUGGAGGUAGCUGCGAGUGUAAGGGUGGUUGUGCAUUGAGUGAUGAGGGUCCUUGGACAGAUCCUGCUUGGGCUAAACCUCCUAAGUGGGCAUCGACAAAUGGUGAUCAACAUGUUAUCAACACCGAGAAUGUUAAUGCAGGUGCGGUCCCAACUGGAACCAGUGCUCCAGCUCCGGUUCCUAGUGAGGAGGGUGUUCAGGCACCUGCGCCAGCUGCUCAGUAGAUGUAUAUAAUGGGAAGGGAGUUGUUGUUGAUUGUGAUUGGUUGGCGUGUGGUUGAGCGAAUGGGUGUUGAGGUGUCAUCAGAGAUGUCAGUUGGGUUGUGAAUGGAAAUGGAAAUGAGAAUGAAAUUGGGAAGAAAUACAUGUUACACGUGGAAAAAUUAAGAUAGUGUCAUGGAUGGAGCAUGGAGAGAAAUGGAUGCAUACAAUUGAGGGAAUGGAGAAAAAAAGACUCUAUCGAUGCGAGGUUUUGCGUUUUUUCUUCUUUUUCAUCCUUUUGGUAGUUCAGUACAGACAGAAACAGAACUUUAGAUAUGGGAUUUGGUAUUGGUACUUUUUUACUUAAUUGGGAUUGUUUGAGAUUUCGAGA